AUGAAACAGCAAAAGAAUCUCGAGGGGUACGUCGGCUUCGCGAGCCUCCCCAAUCAGGUCUACAGGAAGUCUGUGAAACGAGGCUUCGAGUUCACGUUAAUGGUUGUAGGUGAAUCGGGGUUAGGAAAGUCCACUCUGAUUAAUUCACUCUUCCUUACGGACCUGUACUCCUCAGAACACCAUGGACCGUCACACAGAGUCAAGAAGACCGUACAGGUAGAGCAAUCCAAAGUGUUGAUGAAGGAAGGAGGGGUGCAGCUGCUACUCACGAUGGUGGACACCCCAGGGUUUGGAGAUGCUGUAGACAACAGUGACUGCUGGCAGCCUGUUAUCGAUCACAUCGACAGCAAGUUUGAGGAUUACUUGAAUGCAGAGUCACGUGUUAACAGGAGGCAGAUGCCAGACAACAGAAUUCACUGCUGCUUGUACUUCAUUGCACCCUCAGGGCACGGCCUAAAGCCUCUGGAUAUUGAGUUCAUGAAACGGUUGCAUGAAAAGGUGAACAUCAUCCCUCUGAUCGCCAAAGCAGAUACUCUUACUCCCGAAGAGUGCCAACAGUUCAAGAAACAGAUCAUGAGAGAAAUCCAGGAGCACAAAAUCAAAAUCUAUGAGUUCCCCGAGACCGACGAUGAAGAGGAGAACAAGCUCGUGAAAAAAAUAAAAGAUCGUCUGCCUUUGGCUGUCGUCGGGAGCAACACCAUCAUCGAGGUGAACGGAAAGAAGAUUAGAGGGAGGCAGUACCCGUGGGGAGUGGCAGAAGUUGAGAACAGCGAGCACUGCGAUUUCACCAUUUUGCGGAACAUGCUCAUCAGGACUCACAUGCAGGACCUGAAGGAUGUCACUAACAACGUCCACUAUGAGAACUACAGGAGCAGGAAGCUGGCUGCUGUUACCUGCAAUGGCAUGGACAACAGCAAGAGCAAAGGGCCGCUUACCAAAGUUGAUUCGGUCGAAGGCAUGAGUCCUCUGGCCCAGAUGGAGGAGGAGAGGCGAGAGCAUGUGACCAAAAUGAAGAAGAUGGAAAUGGAGAUGGAGCAGGUGUUCGAGAUGAAGGUUAAGGAGAAGAUCCAAAAACUGAAGGACUCUGAGGCAGAGCUCCAGAGGCGUCAUGAGCAAAUGAGGAAGAACCUUGAGGCACAGCACAAGGAGCUGGAGGAGAGGAGGCGCCAGUUAGAGGAUGAGAGAUCUAACUGGGAGGCCCAGCAACGCCUUCUCGAGCAGCAGAGACUUGAUGCUUCCAGAACUUUGAAGAAGAAAGGGAAGAUAUUUUAAAACUACCUGCAAGUCGCUCAUGCUUUCAUCACCGCUUCCCCCAGAUCCAGACAUCAGUGUUGCGUCUGCACACGUUCAGCGCAGUGCUGUUCCUGAGCACGGCUGGACCCCGAUUAACAGCUGGGGGUGAAAUACAGUCCACAUCAGACCAGCCAAAACCUUAGAAAACUGUAUAUAAACAAUAAAUUCUAUACUCAUCAUUUUGUUUACCAUGACUGCAAAUGUCCUUAAUUAUAUAAACAGCCAUGUUUCAACGGUCAUUGUUGCCAAUUUUUCAAACUUCCAUUCUGCCAGAUUUUACCUCUGAAACCUCAUUCCAGAAGACAUGAUGAAGACGAGACAACCAUGAUAAUAUUACAGAACCGUUACAUUUUUGUGGGUGUGUUAAGUGUUUCCAAAAUAUAUGCUGUCAUUAUCCUUGGACCACUUCAUAUAACUUCAUUAAUAUUUCAGCUCAUUUAUUUUUAUAUAUAUAUGUAUAUGUAUCCCAAGCCAGUUCAGAUAUUAUUUUCUAUGCUUGAAUACUCGCGAGACGGUUUUGUAAAAGGAUUGACUUGUUUAAUUUUUGAACAGUCGCUGUGACAAAAGUGUAUUUUGUCUAUAAACUGUAUUCCACCUUAUUUAACACGACCUGAUGUAUUCGGUCAUAGAAAUAGAUUCACUGCAUAUUUUCCCCUUUAAUUAUAUAUCCAUUAUCUGUAUUUGUUAUUUUUAUUUGGCAUUUGUUAUUGUACAGUCGCUUAAUAAACGUGUGAUAUGGAGUGAGGUAA